AUGGAAGAUGAAAAUGGAUUUGGUAAUAUACUAGGUGCAUUUAUUUGUGGUUGCACAAAAGAACGAAGACCUAAAGGACCGAGUGAGCAAAGGUCUUCUCACUGGUGGAGAAAUGGUUGUGAAAACUGGACGGAUAAGCAGUUCAAAAAAAGAUGUAGGGUUAAUCGAAACACGUUCAACUGUUUACUACAAGAAUUGCAAGAGUCUAUUAAAAGGGAGACGACCCGGUUUAAGGUGCCAGUUGCUCCAGAAAUUCAACUAGCACUCACACUUUAUCGAUUAGCCCAUGGUUGUUCAUUCUCAACAGUUGGUGAUUUGUUUGGGAUUGCUAACUCAACAGCGUGUAGUUCUGAUUUUUUUGAUGAAUACGGGACCCUACCAUCAACUGAGGAAGAAUGGAAAAAUGAGUUGAAGGCCUUUCUCAAGGAUUGGGGUUUUCCCUGCGUGGCUGCUUGGGACGGAUUUCAUGUGUACAUUUGCAGCAAUCUUAAGAAUUUCUAUAGUUUCAAGAAACGAUACUCAGUAACAAAUAUGGGAUUGAUUGCAUCUAACAAAAGGUUUCUUUGGGCAGGUGUGGGAGCCCCAGGUCCUAUCCAUGACUCUACGCUUUUGAAAUCUUCUCCGAUUUUCAACGAAAUUGAAUCUGAGCAUGUACUACCUAAUUGUGAGAUGAAUUUACCAGGUUGCGGAAAUAUUCCACUUUGAACGGUAGGAGACAGUGCUUUUCCAGCACGCUCAUGGUUGAUGAAAGCUUUUGAUGAUACCACAAAAAAACGAAAAGAACGAAAUUUUAACAAACAUUUAAGAGCUGCAAGAGUAGUUUCAGAGCAUGCCUAUGGCAUGUUAAAAGGAAGAUGGCGUAUUAUAUAUAAGAAAACUGAAUGUCGCAGAAGGAAUGUAACCGCAAUAAUCAUGGCAUGUAUCACAUUACAUAAUAUCUGUAUUAAAAGGGAAGACCCUUGUCUUCCACGCUGGCAGCUGGAGAUUCAAAAGGUGGAACUAGUACGCAAACCUACGAAGCGAUCUGAAGAUAAAGCUCUGAGUAAUAAAGUGCGUGACAUAAUCAAAGAAUGGUUAUGGUCUUUAAAAUCAGAGUGA